CCAGGGAGCCCCCUAGGCCGCGGCUCGGGGGCCACCCCCCCUCGUCCGCCGCCCCGCGCAGCUCCGCGGAGGCGGCGCCGUCGGAGGAGGAGGAGCAGGGCACUGCGGCUGGCCCCGGAUCGGGCGCCAGAGCGGCAGCAGCUUCGGCAGCAAGCGCGGCCCGGGCCGAUGCAGCGGGACGCACCGCCCAGAGCCCCAGCCCCAGCGCCCCGGCUCCCCGGGCCCCCGAUCGGUGCCGCCGCCAGUAGUGGCGGCGGCGGCGGAGGCGGGGGCAGCGGCGGUGGCGGAGGCGCCUCUGCAGCUUCGGCUCCCCCUGGCCUCCCGGGAACUACAAGUCCCAGGGGGCCUGGCGGCGGGCGGCGGCCGGAAGAGGCGGGGUCGGCACCGCGAGGCCGGAAGUGGCCGUGGAGGCGGAAGUGGCGCGGCCGCGGCGGGGCCUGGAGCGCGGCGGCUGGACCUGGAGCGGCGGCGGCUGCGGCUGGGGGCGGUGGCGGCGCUCUGGAGGCGGCCAUGGCAAAGCAGUACGACUCGGUGGAGUGCCCCUUUUGCGAUGAAGUGACCAAAUAUGAGAAGCUUGCGAAGAUCGGCCAAGGCACCUUUGGGGAGGUGUUCAAGGCCAAGCACCGCAAGACCGGCAAGAAGGUGGCUCUGAAGAAAGUGCUGAUGGAGAACGAGAAGGAGGGGUUCCCCAUCACAGCCUUACGGGAGAUCAAGAUUCUUCAACUUUUAAAACAUGAGAAUGUGGUCAACUUGAUUGAGAUUUGUCGAACCAAAGCAUCCCCCUAUAACCGCUGCAAGGGCAGUAUAUACCUGGUGUUCGACUUCUGUGAGCAUGACCUUGCUGGGUUGCUAAGCAACGUCCUAGUCAAGUUUACACUAUCAGAGAUCAAGAGGGUGAUGCAGAUGCUGCUCAAUGGCCUCUACUAUAUCCACAGGAACAAGAUCCUGCACAGGGAUAUGAAAGCUGCCAAUGUGCUCAUUACCCGAGAUGGGGUCCUGAAGCUGGCAGACUUUGGGUUGGCUCGGGCUUUCAGUCUGGCCAAGAACAGCCAGCCCAACCGCUAUACCAACCGUGUGGUGACGCUCUGGUACCGGCCUCCGGAGCUGCUGCUCGGGGAGCGGGACUACGGCCCGCCCAUUGACCUGUGGGGUGCUGGGUGCAUCAUGGCAGAGAUGUGGACCCGCAGCCCUAUCAUGCAGGGCAACACGGAGCAGCACCAGCUUGCCCUCAUCAGCCAGCUCUGUGGUUCCAUCACCCCUGAGGUGUGGCCAAAUGUAGACAAAUAUGAGCUGUUUGAGAAGCUGGAGCUGGUCAAGGGCCAGAAGCGGAAGGUGAAGGACAGGCUGAAGGCCUACGUCCGGGACCCCUAUGCGCUGGACCUCAUCGAUAAGCUGCUGGUGCUGGAUCCCGCACAGCGCAUCGACAGCGACGACGCCCUCAACCACGACUUCUUCUGGUCUGACCCCAUGCCCUCAGACCUCAAGGGCAUGCUGUCCACCCACCUGACGUCUAUGUUUGAAUACCUGGCACCACCACGCCGGAAGGGCAGCCAGAUCACCCAGCAGUCCACCAAUCAGAGCCGCAAUCCUGCCACCACCAACCAGACGGAGUUUGAGCGCGUCUUCUGAGGGCGGGGCCGCUGUUUUCUUUUUUCUCUGCUUUAUGACUCGUGGUGGAGAUGAUGGGCAUUUGAGGUUUUUUUCUCUAGCGCACAUUUUAUUUAGUCUCCACCCUGGGUACUGGGAACAACCAGCGAGUGGACUGGAGGGCUUGUUGCCAAAGGGCAAGGCGGGCACAGGGGCUGCCUGAUUGCCUUGCCCUGUUCUGGAUUUCUGGAUGGUGCUGGGAGGGUCUCCCAUGUACCCCAGGACAGGAAGUGGGGCCAGUGAGCCUCGAAUGGUGACUUUCUAAGAGCUCCCAGCAUGGUGGGAGGAGGGGACAGUCUCUCACAUCCCCAGCCCUCCUCUUGGGAUGAGAAACUGGCGAGGGGAAUGGAGCUGCCUCAGGAACAGGCUGCUCUUGGCCUGGCCCUCAGGGCACUGAGGGCAGCAAAAACUCUUGGUUUCUUCAGUAGGAGAAUUUUAUCGUGUUUCUUUGUUGAGUUGUUCAGAGACAUUCCUGGAUGCAGGCCGAUCAGUUACAAUUAAAAGUUGACCCUUCUUUUUUU